CUGCGUCAGUCUCUAGCGUUGCUAUAAAGCGAAGCUAGCAAACAAAGAUACUCUGCUCAAACUUCCUUCAUCAUCUUCAACAGCACUCUCUUGUACGAGCCAUCCAUGGCGGAGCCAAAGACGAAAUACGAUCGACAGCUGAGGAUAUGGGGAGAACAAGGACAGGCAGCCCUCGAGAAUGCUAGCAUUUGUUUACUUAACUGUGGUCCUACUGGUUCUGAAACAUUAAAAAACCUUGUUCUUGGUGGAAUUGGAAGUAUAACGGUCAUUGAUGGUUCCAAAGUUGAAGUUGCUGACCUUGGGAAUAACUUCAUGGUGGAUGAAUCAAGCAUUGGGCAAUCAAAGGCAAAAUGUGUAUGUGCCUUCCUGCAGGAACUAAAUGAUGCUGUUAAGGCGAAAUUUGUGGAGGAGUCCCCAGAGGCACUGAUCGAGACAAAUCCUUCUUUCUUUUCACAGUUUACUUUAGUUAUUGCUACUCAGCUGGUGGAAACUUCCAUGCUGAAGCUGGAUAGAAUCUGUAGGCAGUCUAAUGUUAUGUUGAUAUUUGCACGCUCAUAUGGCCUGACUGGGUUUGUGCGAAUCAGUUUGAAGGAACAUGAUGUGAUUGAGUCAAAGCCUGAUCAUUUUCUUGAUGACCUCCGAUUAAACGAUCCUUGGCCUGAACUGCAGAGGUUUGCAGAAUCAAUUGACUUGAAUGCGACAGAUCCUGUUAUCCAUAAACACACACCAUAUGUUGUCAUCCUUGUUAAGAUGGCAGAGGAAUGGGCAAACAAACAUGGUGGUUGUCUUCCAUCAACCAGAGAAGAGAAAAAGGAGUUCAAGGAUCUUCUGAAAUCAAGAAUGAUUGAUAUUGAUGAAGAAAACUACAAGGAAGCCAUUGAGGCCUCAUUCAAAGUCUCUACUCCUCGGGGAAUUAGUUCAAGACUCCGCCAAAUAAUUGAAGAUAGUUCAGCUGAAGUUGAUUCUUCUUCAUCAGAUUUUUGGGUUAUGGUUGCAGCUGUAAAGGACUUCAUUGUAAAUGAAGGUGGUGGAGAGGCACCUCUAGAGGGUUCUAUACCAGAUAUGACUUCUUUAACAGAAUAUUACGUAAAUUUGCAAAAGAUUUACCAGGCUAAAGCUGAGGCAGAUUUUCUUGCUGUUGAGAGUCGGGUGAGGAAUAUCUUGAAAAGAAUUGGUAGGGAUCAAGAUGCCAUUCCAAGGACAACCAUAAAAACCUUCUGUAAAAAUGCAAGAAAGCUGACAGUUUGCAGAUACCGCCUAAUUGAGGAUGAAUUUAAUUCUCCUGUCUUGCCAGAGUUACAGAAGUACUUAACUGACGAAGAUUACAGUGUUGCCAUUGGGUUUUACAUUCUGCUUCGAGCAGUUGAUCGUUUUGCUACCAACUACAACAGAUUCCCUGGCAUGUUUGAUGGUGAGAUGGAUGAGGAUAUAUCUCGAUUGAAGACUAUAGCUGUUGGCAUACUGAAUGACUUGGGUUUUAAUGGGUCAACCUUAACGGAGGACUUAACCAAUGAAAUGUGCAGAUUUGGUGGUGCAGAGCUUCAUGCAGUGGCCGCCUUCACAGGGGGCAUUGCAUCCCAGGAAGUGAUCAAGCUUAUCACGAAACAAUUUGUCCCCAUGUCUGGCACAUUCAUCUUCAAUGGCGUUGACCACAAGUCUCAACUGUUACUGUUAUAGUUGUGCAUAUAAGCCACAAUCAUAUUUUACCCAAGGUGCUAUUACCCUUCCUUGAUGGAUAUAUGAUAUGGUGAUUCUACAUUCAAGUUUUUUCCCUGCCUCUUUAUGGUGGAAUUUUGGGGGUUUUUGGUCUUACACUCCGAUCAUUAAGAAGCAUGGCCAGGUAAUUGGAUUGGGACAUGUAAUUUAAAAUUUGAGCAAACAAAAUGAAGGAAAAAGGAGGGGAAAGAGAAGAAAAGGAAAGAAGAGAGACCAAAGAGGUAGAGAAACAAAUAUAUCCAGUCUAUUUUAACCCGGAUCUAAAGAACUCCAGGAAGCUUUUUGGGAGCAGCUAGUGUUGACGAGUCUAGGUCGCACGAUUUCUGAACAAGAUACCACCAUCAACAACGGGGGGUUUUGUAUGAUUUCAGCUUAAAUUUUCGUUUGUAAACGAAUUCCUGUGGUACCAAUAGAAUGUGGUAAUUUAUCUAGGAAUUAGGAUCCCUCCUUGCCGCUUGCUGGCGUUAUAUCUUGGAAACCACUGGAGGAUGAUCAAUUCAGUACUUCGGAGGCAUUAUAUGCGGAUCCAAUGGCACUUCUGGUUC